CGCGGUGGGGUACCGUCGGUGCAGCUCGCGUCUCCAGAAUAUCCGGCGUGGCACGCGCCGUCGGUGGGCAGCGUCGGCAUACCACGUGUCCUCAGAGUAUCCGGCGUGGCACGCGCGCCGUCAUGGCCGACGACGUGGCGGCGGCCGGCGGGCUCGGCUCGGGCGUGUGUCGCGACGAGGCCGGACCAGACAGCGGUGUGUGCACGUGCGGCAGGCCGACGGAGCGCAUCUCUGUGACUGUGAAGCCGACCACAGGCGGCCAGUUCGCUGUGACGGCCACCAGCGAUGACUCGGUCGACUACCUGAAGCUGCUGGUGUCGCAGAAGCUGAAGGUGCCUAAGGAGCGCAUCUGCCUGCUCUACAGAAAUCGGCCGCUUCGGGACGGAACUCUGGAGGCCAACCAAGUGGUGCACGGGUGCCAGCUGAUCCUGCUGCCAUCUGUGGAGAGCGGUCUCAUGAGCCAUCGGCCCGAGCAGAGUGUCAUGCAGGCGUUGGAGAACUUGAAGUCCCAGCCAGCCCCGCAACGAAGCGAGCCGCGCGCGGCCGAGCGGCACCCAAAACCGGAGCGCUACGGCCGCGCCGCCGGCCCGUCGGGUCCGGCUGACCCCGAUGGCGCCACGAGCGGCUGCCGUGCGGUGACCGAAUUCCUGUCGGGCAAGGCUCCGCUGAACCUAACCGUACGCCUGGGCGAGCACAUGAUGCUGAUCCAGCUGCAGCUCUCGCCGGCGCAGGUGGCGGCGCGGCGCAACCUGCGGCCGCCGGCCACCGCGGCGGCCUCCCGGCCUCCCGCCUCCCCCGCCUCCCCCGCAUCUCCCGGCUCCCCGGCGGCACCAGCGGCGGCCGAGCGUCGGCAGCGACGCUGCCCGCACCAGCGGCCUCGUGGCCACGAUGACCCAGCGUCGGGCCUGCGCAGCCAGCUGGACACGCGCGCGCUGACCGAGGCCAGCCGCAACCUCACACGCACCCUCAAACAGCUCUCGUCGGAGGUGCUGACCGGCGGCACCGACACCAAGGACCAGGACGGGCCGACCGUGCUGCUGUCCUCCCCGUCUGCCGCACCUGGCGCCGCCUCUGGCAGCGCGCCGCUGCGGCCGCACCCGGGCGCCAUCAUCGAGAGCAUGCACCACCACGGCAAGGGCGUGUACAGCGGUACCUUCUCAGGUACGCUGAACCCCUCGCUGCAGGACCGGAUGGGCCGACCCAAGCGGGACAUCAGCACCAUCAUCCACAUCCUGAACGACUUGCUGUGCGCGUCGCCGCAGUACCGCGGCGAGGACGGCGGCGCUCAGAGCAAGCCAGCGCCGGGCGCGCCAGGUCCCCAGGAGCCGGCGCAGCCGCCAGCCGAGCCGACCACGCUGGACGAGAACCAGGCGACACGCGGCAAGGUGGAGCGACUGAAGCUGGUGCUGGAGGAGCGUCGCCAGCGCCGGCGCCAGCGGCGCACGCAGCGCAGCGCCCCCUACACCACCAGCUGGCCGCCAGAGCUCGAGGCGCCCUCUGCGGGGAGCGCCGACACAGAGGCGAGCCCACCGAGCGCCGACCAGCCCCGCCAGACGGCGCUGCGGCCGACCCGGCGACGCCUGACUGCCGGGGUGCGCUCCGAGCGGGUGCACGAGUGA